AUGACAAAAGAUUGGGACUCGGUUAAAGGAGAGAUCGAGAAUCUCUCCUGGGUGCAGAAGAAGAGACUUGAUGAAGUGAGAAAGAUCAUGGAGACUAAACAUGGGUUCAAAGCUUCCACAAGAGCGUAUCGUAUGAAGUUAAGUGAGUGGGGUUUGACCACCAGGACAACGAGCAAAAAUUCUGCCAAAGACCCCAAACGAAAGAAGCGGAAGCGAACCCGAGAGGACGAGGAGGACGAUGGUAGCGACAGCGACUCGACUGUGGCCGAGCUUGGUCUGGACCAUGAUCAAACUACGGAUCCUGAUCCCCCACCAGAAGACUCAACAAAUCUGGAAACCGUUCUGCUUAGUAGAGCAACUGUCAGAGCAGCGUCGGUAGAUGUGGAUGGGGACGCUAAUACCGCUACGGCUACAUUGGAAGGGGCUGAAGAUCUUCUGCCUCCUGUCGCUAACGAAGACUCUGCAGCCGCUUCAGACGCUACCGAAACUUCAAUGACUUCUGAUGGUGUCAGAGUAAAUGGAGUUGUAAUGAGCAUGCUUGCAGCGGUGCUCGACAACGAUUCUCAAACACUUGAAUCACUCCUCAUGAAGCACCCAAAUCACAUGAACCUCCCGAUCGGCGAGCCAUUUGAUAUCCCCGGUAGUCGCUUUUACAAUCAUCCCACAAUCAGCUCUUGCGUCAUUCUCCAACAUCCCGAGCAAAGGCUGCUCGACAUCGCGUGCGCCAUACCGACCAAUCCAGUCAUGUGGGUUCUACUGGCACAUGGAGCCUCAGGCUCAAAGCACCCUCUCGGCACUGAUCUAUCCCUUCACAAUGCAAUUAAGAACGGGCGCAUUUACACCGUGCAAGCGAUGCUGGCGCCUGGUCGCUCAAAUAUACACGGAGAGCCAGGCACGAUGUGGAAGCCUAUCUUACAGGCUGUCUACUGGAAUCAGCCGCAGAUAGUUCGCGUGCUGAUUGAUAGAGGUGCAAAUGUCAAUGAGACGUCUCCGUGGGUGGAUGGCACAAUGAAGAAUACGCUGCUGCACUGCACGGAGAGAAGAGAGCGCGACUUUCUGAAACCAGCGGUGAAGGAAAACUGCAACAAGAUUCUCAAAGUGCUGCUCAACGCUGGUGCAGACAUCCACGCGCAACCAGGCGGUCCAGGAUCGCCGACCGUGUUCGAAACAUUUCUUCGCCCGUGGCAGGGCGACCCGCAUUGGAUCUCUAAGCUCGAUCCGGAGGAAAUGGAGUGUCUUGAAGCGUUUAUAAGAAAGGGCGCGGAUCUGAAGACGCCGUUCAUGGGCUUUACUUGCGGCGCACAAUCGGAUGGCCAGUUUCAACAUCAGAUCCUUUGGCAUACCACGCCUGCGGCUGCGCGGCUGAUAGUUGACCACGCGGCUCCGACGCCUGAAGGAAAUGGAAGCACCCUCUUACAUGAGAUUGUCGGGUCUUGCCCGGACGCGAAGAGACAUCCCUCCGAUGCUCUCAGAGAUAUCGAAGUGCUACUAGGUCGCGGUGCUGACCCGAACAUUCUGGAUGAGUCUCUAUUUUCACCACUCCGAAGAUGCAUUGAGAAAUGUCCCGCAGUGGAUAUCAUUCCGCGCUUGCGGUUGCUUCUAGAUGGAGGCGCAGAUCCUGAGCUCAAGCAUAGCAAUCGUUUGCCUCCCUAUGUUCUUGCGGCACGGACAUUCGAAGAGCCACUUCGCUCUCAGAUUAUGGACUUUCUGGUCGCAAAGAUAAAGGGACGUCAGCCUCGUGUAGUAUACGAUGAUACUUUUACGUGGACCACUGGAUACUUUCCUAUUCCAGACGAGCCGAGUUGGGAGCAAGUUCAGAAGUACAGCGGGCAGAAUGGCGAUUUCAAUGCUAAUCUAGAGCGGAUGAUUCCAGAGGAUGUAAGGGCGGUAUUCCAAAAGGCAUGCUUCAGCGUUGCCAGUAUCAACUUCCUCAACAUCGCAACACUAAGGGCUAAAAUGUCGCAUCCACUACCACCAACAGCUAUGCAAAAAGAAGAAAUCUACCAGGCCGUCGCUCAAAGGCAGGCUUGUGGUCUACCCGUCUACACUUUCGAUCAGGACUUCGUCAUGCUCCUUCUCAAGCCAAAUAUGGCCCCAAUCCUCCCCACGUUCACGACAUCAAGUUCGCCCGCCAUAGAAUCCUUCCUUCUGCCUCACCAAACUCCGAUCACCUCGACCGCACAAGACGAACCGUCCAUUCUUGCUUCGUCGGCGACCUUCCGCUUCAACCCCUCGCCAUCAGUCCAGCAGUCCAAAAGCAUGCAGCGUCCCCGCAGUCCGCAAGAUAAUUCCGACAUCGACUUCUCUAUGCCAGAGACUACUAUGAUUCGAUGGCCCUACCUAGGCGACCGGACGCGUCCCGGCGACAUCCGCAAGGCGAAGGAGAACGUGCUAAGACAUCGGUGCGACGAGUGCGGGAACGGCAACCUGCUGACCAAAGGCGAGCUGGACAAGCAUGUUGUGGAGCAUGAGCAUAGCAAAUGGUGUGUCGACCAAGGCUGUAGGAGGAGAUUCUGUGCGCAGCGGCCGUAA